GGGGGAGGUGGAGGCCGUGGAGCGGCAGCGGCAGCGGCGGGUCCCGGGACUGAGGCAGCAGCGGGGGCGCCGGCGGGCGGAAGCCGAGGUGACGAAGGCGGCGGCGGCGGCGGCGGCCGUUUCCCUCACGGUGGCGGAGACCAAGGCGGCGGCGGACGGGGAGCGGCCCGGCCCCGGCCCCCUGCUCGUCGGCUGUAGCAGGGCCGCCGUGGGACCGGCCCGGCUCCCGCCCCCCGCGGCUCCCCCUCCGGCUCCUCCUCCCGGGAGACGCCGGGGGCCCGGCCCGGCCCGCGCGCAGAGCUCUGCCUCGGCCGCCGCCGGCGCGGUCGGAGGUGGCGGCGGCGCCAUGGGCGGCCUGGCCUCUGGGGGGGACGUGGAGCCGGGGCUGCCCGUCGAGGUGCGGGGCUCCAACGGAGCCUUCUACAAGGGCUUUGUGAAGGAUGUCCAUGAAGAUUCUGUCACUAUCUUCUUUGAAAACAACUGGCAGAGUGAGAGACAGAUUCCUUUUGGGGAUGUCCGACUCCCACCUCCAGCUGACUACAACAAGGAGAUCACAGAAGGAGAUGAAGUCGAGGUCUAUUCAAGAGCUAAUGAACAGGAACCUUGUGGCUGGUGGCUGGCGAGGGUGCGGAUGAUGAAGGGAGAUUUCUAUGUCAUUGAGUACGCUGCCUGUGAUGCUACCUACAAUGAGAUUGUCACCCUGGAAAGACUUCGGCCAGUUAAUCCCAAUCCCCUUGCAACCAAAGGCAGCUUCUUCAAGGUUACCAUGGCUGUGCCUGAGGAUCUCAGAGAGGCCUGCUCCAACGAAAAUGUCCAUAAAGAGUUCAAGAAAGCACUGGGAGCCAACUGCAUCUUUCUCAACAUCACAAACAGUGAGCUCUUCAUUCUGUCAACCACAGAAGCCCCUGUGAAGAGGGCAUCUUUGCUGGGUGAUAUGCAUUUCCGAAGCCUUCGCACCAAAUUGCUGCUCAUGUCUCGCAAUGAAGAAGCUACUAAGCACCUAGAGACAAGCAAGCAGUUGGCAGCAGCGUUCCAAGAGGAGUUUACAGUUCGAGAGGACCUGAUGGGUCUGGCAAUUGGGACUCACGGUGCCAACAUCCAGCAGGCCCGAAAAGUGCCAGGAGUGACUGCCAUCGAGUUGGGUGAAGAGACCUGUACUUUCCGCAUCUAUGGGGAGACGCCAGAGGCAUGCCGACAGGCCCGAAGCUAUCUGGAAUUUUCCGAGGACUCUGUACAAGUGCCCAGGAACCUGGUUGGCAAAGUGAUUGGAAAGAAUGGGAAAGUGAUUCAAGAAAUUGUGGAUAAGUCUGGAGUGGUGAGGGUUCGUGUGGAAGGUGAUAACGACAAGAAGAACCCCAGGGAGGAGGGAAUGGUUCCCUUCAUAUUUGUUGGCACCCGAGAGAACAUCAGUAAUGCCCAGGCCCUGCUAGAGUAUCACCUUUCCUACCUGCAGGAGGUUGAACAGCUUCGCUUGGAGAGACUGCAAAUUGAUGAGCAGCUUCGGCAGAUUGGGCUGGGCUUUCGCCCACCUGGAAGUGGACGGGGCGGCAGUGGUGGUGGCAGUGACAAGGCCGGCUAUACCACAGAUGAGAGCUCCUCCUCCUCCCUGCAUGCGACCAGAACCUACGGGGGCAGCUACGGGGGCCGAGGCCGGGGCCGGAGGACUGCUGGUGCUGCCUAUGGCCCCAGCUCAGACCCAUCCACAGCUUCUGAGACAGAGUCAGAAAAAAGAGAGGAGUCUAAUCGAGCAGGACCUGGUGACCGAGAUCACCCAAGUCGUGGAGAAGAAAGCCGGAGGCGGCCGAUUGGGGGCCGGGGAAGGGGACCCCCACCUGUUCCCCGGCCUACCUCAAGAUAUAACUCGUCCUCUAUUAGCUCAGUGCUAAAGGAUCCAGACAGCAAUCCUUACAGCCUAUUGGACACAUCAGAACCAGAGCCCCCAGUUGAUUCAGAGCCUGGUGAACCCCCUCCAGCAAGUGCCCGCCGUCGCCGUUCCCGCCGCCGCCGCACUGAUGAAGACCGGACUGUCAUGGAUGGAGGCCUGGAGUCUGAUGGUCCUAACAUGACAGAGAAUGGCCUGGAAGACGAAGCAAGACCCCAGAGACGUAAUCGCAGCCGCCGCCGCCGCAAUCGUGGUAACCGAACUGAUGGGUCCAUCAGUGGAGACCGCCAGCCAGUGACUGUGGCAGACUAUAUCUCACGGGCAGAGUCUCAGAGCCGCCAGCGGCCACCUCUGGAACGCACGAAACCCUCAGAGGAUUCUCUUUCAGGACAGAAGGUAGGUAGUCAAGAUGCAGCUUACCCCACUCUUAAGUUUGAGGCAGGGACACAGAAAACUUCCCUAAGAAAUAUCAGAGUUGCUGAAUUGGCUCUAUCUGGUUAAGCUGACAAUAGGCCAGAGCUUGCACAAACAGGAGACGAGGCUCACGGUGACUAGAGCCUAGGCCCUGGUCUCCAGGUCUCUCUGUAAUGAGGACUGCCUACCCCUGGUGUAUUCAUGAAUUGCUUUCUUUUUCCUCCCCCUCUCUUUAGGGUGACUCUGUUAGCAAGCUUCCCAAGGGCCCCUCGGAGAAUGGGGAGCUCUCUGCCCCCCUGGAGUUGGGUAGUUUGGUGAAUGGGGUUUCAUAAAACCUCCAGUCCACAUCCCUCCUCUCUCCAUCUCGCUUGCUGCCCACCACCAUGGCCCUCAUGGGUCCAACUGACCUACGCUGGAGCUGCUCUUAUCUACGGGGGAGGGGGGUGGCACAGCAGCUUGGGUCCCCCCCAACCUCCAGGAGCUAGUGGAGGGGUGUGUAACAGGGUCAUACCCCCUCCCUCUUGUCCACCCUACCCCCCAGGGUGAGGGGAGCCUCCCCUUCCCUAUCAGACUGGAUGUGCCUUUAUCCUCUAAUGCCCCGACCUCUGAACACCCCCAUUCUCCGCCUGUUGGUGGGGGUGCUCCUUGACUCACCCAGAUUUGACAGUUCAGGGGGGCUCCCCUGCUAUCCCUCCUCCCAUCCUGUACCCCCCAUUUCUGGGGCCUCAUCACUGUGGAAGACGGGGAUAGUGAGGGUAUUUGUGGGUGGGAGGCAUGGGGAAGGUUUUGGAGUAGAACCAGGGGUGUGUACGAAGGGGUGACAAGGUCCCCCGGGGCGUUGGGGAUACCCUUGUCUGGUGGAUGAGAAGGCGUAUUUAUUUUUCACUGUACAGUAUUUAAAAAGAGAAUAAAAAAAUUCAAAUGGC